AAUCCCUAAAUAAUAUAUGUGAUAACAUCCAUUUCUUUCUAGCAUCAAGAAAACCCUAAAUCCCAAAUUGAAAAACCAUCUCAAUAUCUGUAUCAAUUUCUCAAUAUCUGUAUCAACCCAGGACAAAUUUAAGCUUAAUUCCAUCUUCUUGUCAAAUUCCAUCUAUGCUAUCAAGCAAUCCACCAACGUGACUUGCUACUUUUAAUCAGAAAAGGAAAAUGGAGCAAGCAAAGCAAGGGAGUCAGAAGUUGUCUCCUCUUCUCUGGUAACCCGCCGCCUAGAGUGCUCCGCCCGCCACGUAAUGAACAACGACGAAUUCAUCUUCUUCAUUCCAACGUUUUUUCGAAUUCGUUCAACCUUCACUCCUGCCCUCAAGCUUCGUUCCAACAAAUUUCACUCCUGCGGUCGAGGGAGGUCAUACCUUUUCAGCAAAGUUAUUGUGCUUCAAAAUCCAUUUGUAUAGGAGAAGGCUGUUGCAUCUUGCUGGUAAUCAAGACUGUUUGUGGUGUGUGGAUAAAGCUGAGUCUUGUAUUCAUCUUUUGCUCCACUGUAAUUUUGCUCAGAAAGUGUGGAGGGAGGUUGGUGUGUGGCUGAAUUUGGAUAUUAUUAUCCCUCCCAAUCUGUUCAUUCUUUUCCUCGUGUUCCAUGGUCAUAGCACAUGAGAAAAGUGAAAAAUUUAAAGAAGGGGAAUUUGUGCUCGAGAGAUGGAGGAUAGUUGAUGACGUUGAAGAUGAAUUAAAUUUGGAUGCUCAUGCUAGUUCAAGCGACACAGAAAACACCUAGCCAGUUGCUUCUUUCAUGAAUUCAAGUGUUGUAGCUAAGCUAGAAAAUAUAUUAUAUUUUACUUAGUAUUCGUCAAGAUAAAAUUUCAUAAAGAAACUCUCUAUUUGGAGCUACAUAGGCUUGGCCCGUUUCUAGCAUUUAUAAAUCUUUUCAUUCAGCAUUGGAUGUUGCUAUGUAUUUAUAGAGGGCACAUAUACUAGGCAUGUCUGAGCAAACGUCUUGCAUUUCUUCUGGGUUGGAAAAGUAAUAAAUCACUCUAAUCUGUGUACUUCGCUCUUUUUUUUUUUUUUUUCUACUUCUGCAUUUAGACACUCUAGUCUUGUCUUGAAAAUUUGUGAAUAACGUCUGCAUUUGCAAUAUUGUUGUGAUUGAGUCUUUAUCCCAAUUCAUAACUCUUUUUUUGAAAGUUAAAAACCAUAACAAAAAAUAAUGACUUUGGAGUGUGACAGAAGUAAAUUCAAGAGUAUGAAAAACGCUACCAUGUGUGGAUGCAGGAUUCUCUUACUAGAAUCAUUCAACAUGCAUGUUCCAACAUUUUGAUUUUAUCUCUGAACCUCAGAAAAUUUUGAUAUUCAAUAUCCAAUUUUUAAAUAGAUUUGAGGAAUACAUGAAAAGUGUCGAUUUCCAAUACCAAAUUUUGUUACAAUACUAAAUGUACGCUUUAUUGCCUAAGGUGGACAUAUGAUGUUAAUUGUUUUUCUUUUUUGACAAGAUGCUAAUUGUUAAGUUCAGUUUUAUUGCAAUUUGAAACAGGUUAGAUGAAUAUGCAUGCAACAUGGUGAUUAGAGAUGAAGUUCAAAAUGUGAAAAAGGAGAAGGUGAAUGAUAAAAUCAGUUUUACUGAGUCAUAUCAUAGCUGAGGUUGUCAAGCUUGAGGAAAUCCUGCUUCUUCCUUCAUUUGUAAAUGUUGUCAAUCUAGUUGGUCGUGAUAACCUAAUCACAAACUUCACAAAGAUUGAACCUACGUGCCUCCCGCAUCAGCGACCUAGAUCGAAUGAUUGUGGAGUGUGGGUUGCUAAAUGGAUGAUUGAAUGUCCAUUCAGUAGUAACUAUGAAAGCAUAACUGUUGUGACUGCCACAAGGCUCAAGCUUGCUCUUUAUCUUUGUCAUUCAUCUAAUAAUAAGUUGUUACAAUCACUGUUGGCAAAGUCUGCACAGUAUUGGGCUGAUAUGGAAAAGAAAAGGAAGGCUUUGUUUAAAGUGUGGAGUUUGAAGUUAGGUUCUAAGAUGGUUAAAGGCUUCGAAUAUGGGAUAAUGUGGUUUCUUUUCUCUGUUUUGUUUUCGGAUAAUAUGGAUAAUCUGGUUUGUUUUCCCCCUUUUUUUUUGGAUAAUCUGGUUUCUUUUCCCUAUUUUUUUGGAUGAUGUUACCUUAAACAGUGGGUUGUAUUUUGCCCAUUAUGAUCAGGCAGCAAUGCUGUUUGUCUUAAGCUGUUAGUUUGGAAAAUUUUACAUUUAUUUGGUUUAUUCUAUGAUUAAGGUUUAUUCUAUGUUUGUCUUAAGUUGUCUUAUAUAUAUAUAUGUUACAUACACACCAAAUACAGAUAACAUUGUUGAUGUCUA